CUUGGCAGCGCGGGGCGAACUGAGCGGCAUCAUGAGUGCUCCCGCUGCCGGCUCCAGCCUGCAGCCCCUCUUGGAGACCCUGCAGGACCCCACCGCCCCGCCGGGGGAGCUCACCGACGCCUACCUCACCGUCGUCAGUCGCAUGACGGGUGAAGGUGGCAAAGAAUUUACUGCAGAUGUCGGAAGACACUUCCCACAGCUUUGCAAAGCGUUUAAGGCACACAUUUCUAGUCAAAACUCAGAGCUAAGUAAUGCAGCAUUGCAGGCGCUGGGAUUCUGUGUUUUCAGUUCAAAGAUUACAUCUGAAUUAUCUGCAACGGAAAUUCAUGAUUUGCUUUCAAUGGUGACCGCUGUUGCUGUAAAAGCUUCGGACAAAAACACUCGCACUCGAGCACUUUGGGUGAUCUCUAAGCAGGUGUUUCCUUCAGAAGUUAUUAAAAAGGAGGUGUCCAAUAUUAUUUCUACCCUGGAAACAGUACUUACUAAAGGAGAUGUGCAGUCGAUGGUGGUUGAAUACGAAGCACUAAAUGUUAUUAUACGCUUAAUGGAGCAAACUCCAGCCCAGAUGGGGGAAGAGGCUGUGCGGUGGGCGAAGCUGAUCAUUCCCCUGGUCGUGCACUCAGCCCAUAAGGUGCAGCUGCGAGGUGCCACUGCGCUGGAGAUGGGCAUGCCUCUGCUCCUCCAGAAGCAGCAGGAGGUAGCGGCCGUCACUGAGCACCUCAUGACCACAAAAUUAAUUUCAGAACUUCAGAAAUUGUUUUCCACAAAAAAUGAGACGUAUGUGUUAAAAUUGUGGCCGCUAUUUGUCAAAUUGCUUGGAAAGACUCUGCAUCGUAGUGGAAGUUUUAUCAACUCGUUGCUGCAGCUGGAGGAACUUGGAUUUCGUAGUGGCUCGCCAGUGGUAAAGAAAAUAGCCUUCAUUGCAUGGAAGAGUCUAAUAGAUAAUUUUGCUCUAAAUCCAGAUAUUUUGUGCAGUGCUAAAAGGCUGAAAUUGCUCAUGCAGCCGCUGAGCUCAAUUCAUGUGAGAACAGAGGCUUUGGCGUUGACAAAAGUGGAGGUGUGGUGGUAUCUACUCAUGAGGCUGGGACCUCAGCUGCCUGCAAACUUUGAACAGGUGUGUGUGCCAUUAAUCCAAAGCACUUUAAGUCUCGAUUCCUCUGCUGUGUUGCAAGGAACUCCUUCACGUGUCCCAGCCAACCAAAGUGUAGCUGCGGCAGCCCCUGCACAGAAAGCAGGUCCUUACCCGUUUCCAAGUCCAGUUACACCAAGGAUGAACUUGAAUUGUAGUACAGCUGGAGUGGUGGCGCUCCCUUCCAUUCAACUUUUGGGAAUUGAAAUGCUGCUUCACUUCUUGAUGGGACCAGAAGUUGUAGAUUUUGCAAAGCGAAACAAACUUGUACUUAGUUUAGAGCCACUCCAGUACCCGCUGAUCAGUAGCCCUUCUUUUUUUUGUAAGCACGCCAACACGCUUAUAAACGCUGUACAGGAUGGCUUUAUUGCAAUUGGAAAAGAAGUUCCUGAUUGUAUGCUGAAUGUCAUAUGGAAGGACAUAAAUGGAUAUGUAAAAACAGUGAUUGAAUCAGGAAAUAAGAAAGAAAAACAAGGGUCAGAAAUACUGACUACGUUGCUCCAGGCCUUAAAAAACAUCGUUAGAUCCAAUUCUCUUCCUGUGCAGAAAAUACUGUCCCUCAUUGAUAUUACUGUUAAGGAAUUCCCUCCAAAAGUAUUGGGAUCACCAGCUUAUCAGGUUGCAGAUAUGGAUCUUCUAAAUGGAACGCCGGCUUUGUUCUUAAUUCAGCUGCCUUUCCAUAAUAACAUCCUGGAAUGCUGCGUUACAGAUGAGAGAUUCUUUGUAAUUCUAGAGUCACUCGUGGGUUAUGUUCUGUCUGGGCCUGCGUCUCCGCUGGCUUUCAGUGAAUCCGUGAUCUGCAUUAUUAACCAGAGCGCAAAGCAAGUGGAGAAUAAGGAGCAUCUCUGGAGAAUGUGGAGUAUUGUUGUGAAUCCACUCACUGAAUGGAUUAAUCGGACUAACGAAGUCAAUCAAGGUGAUGCACUGGAACACAACUUCAAUGCUGUUUAUAGUGCCUUGUUGCUACCAAUAUCGCACAUCUUCCCUGCUCAGGAAUUCCCACAGCCGACCAUGAAGUCCUUGUUGCGCACUUGGUCCGACCUGUAUCGAGCAUUUGCUCGCUGCGCUGCUUUAGUUGCCACAGCAGAAGAAAACCUGUGCUGUGAAGAACUCUGUGCCAAAAUAAUAUCUGGGCUUGAAGGUGAAGCUCCAGUAAUGUUUUCAGUGAUGGAAGGUCUCACCCAUAUUGUAUCAGUUAUGGUUGACUGCAUCAACUUUGCACCAUAUGGAACUAAAUAUCAGCCAAAAACAAGAUCUCCUCAGACACCCACAGAUUGGUCUAAGAAGAAGAAGGAACCCCUCGGAAAGAUGUCCUCUCUGUUUAAACUCCUGGUGAUGUUACUAAACUCUUUCCACGUGUUCAGUUCCAAAGAAACCUGUUCAGACACAUUGCUUGCUGUUGGUACUUCGAUUAUUGCUGUGCUCCACAGCAUCAUCAGCCAUGUUUCGUUGCCCUCGGUGAUUGGGACUAUCCUUGCACUUUUGUCAAAGCCCCUGGCAGCGUUUUAUGAGAAAACAAAGCUUGCUGAUGUGUCUAAGGUGUACAGUAACCUUAACAACAAGCUUGAGAAGCUACUGGCCGAGAUUAUCCUGUGCUUGCAGUCUCACUGCACUGGCGCUUACGACAGUGAGCUGCUGAAGCAUCUCUCUCCGUUGCUCUGUGUUGUAUUUCAGCAUAAGAGCAAACAGAUCCGCAACCAAUGCGCCCAUUUCUGGAAUGCCACGUUCGCCAAGAGUGCAUCGUUAACCUACCCUGAAGAGUUAAAAUCUGUGUUAAGCCAAGCUAAAAAGAAAAUUCCGCUUUUGCUGCCUGGUUUUGAAAGCAUCGAGAUAGCUGAAGAAUGCAGCGGCCCGUUCUCUGAUGCGGUUGAAAACUCACAGCUGGAUGCAAAGAUAAGUGGGAUGGAAGUAAAGCCAGGUCAAAAACGAGACUCUAUAUUGGCGCAGACAAGCGAACUAAAAAACGAUGUAAAAGACAAAUCUGGCAAUGUGCAAGUAACUUCUGCAAAGCUCAAACUAGAAUUUUCAUCUUUGAAGCCUAAAAGCGAGAUACUUUUGGAAGAGGAGAAAUCUGCUGAUUUUGUGUUUAUUCCUCCAGAAACAAAAACAAGAAUAUUGACAGAGCAUCAGAAAGAAGUGCUUAGGUCCAAGAGGGUUGGCAUUCCCACUAUGUACAACAACUUGGACUCGUCGCAGGACACUGCCUUGUUUUCUCAGUACACCCAAAGCCAGGAGGAUUCCUUGGAAAAAUCACCUUUAACAGAAAACACAAGAGAAGAUGCUAAGAACAAGCCUGAGGAAGAAAAUGCCGAGAGCAAGGGAUGCACCAACAAACCGGAUGGAAUCACAGAGGACUGCAAGUCAGAUAAGCCUCCGGAGGAUGCUGACUGUGUGAACAAGUCGUCUGUUACUCGCACAGAGGCGAGCUCGACUUCAAACAGUGAGGGAGACUCCAGAAGGGAUGCGGCUGAAAUGAUUCCAGAGGUGCCAUCAGUUGGAGAGGACUUAGAAAAAAGUACUGUGGAAGCAGCUUCAAAGGAGCCCUUAGCUGCGAAUGAAAACACCUCAGCUGUCAGCACCAGUUCUACUUCCAGUGACAUCAUUUCUGGAACGCCCCAGCCUGCGAGCCGGCGACAGUCUUUUAUUACCUUGGAGAAAUUUGGUAGUUCAGAGAGCAGACCCUUCAGCCUUUCCGCCUUCAGCAGUUUGUCAGAGACACCUGGAAGCGUGUCGGUGGCAGGCAAACAGGAAAAUACAACUGCCUGCAAGGCUGGCACUAACCCAGAAAAACCUGGAGAAGGAAAUAAAAAGCCUUCAAAGGCUGAAUCUGAACAAAUAUUUACCGCAAUCCGAAGGCUAACGCGCAGGCAGGGUAAAACAGACCACCGAGGAAACAAGCAGUCCAAACUGUCAGCUAGGUCAGAGCAAGAGAAAAGCACACAGGGGUCUCUUGAUUUGAGCAGUGUGGAAGAUAGUCCUGAACUGUGUUCAGGAGAAAGUGUGGAACACGUUCUCCUUGCUCAGUCUGAGGCUGUCCAUUCUACAGAAGCAGAAAUGAAAAAAGCUGAAGAUGCAGAAACAGAGAAGUCCCAGGUGUUAGAUAUGGAUUCUAAAGAAAAUACACCCCCUGAGAGGACUGUCUCGCCUGACCAGGUUGCAGGCAGCGACAGCCAGGUGCCACACGUGUCUCCUCAUCAGAAAACACUGAGACGUUCUUCCAGGCGUCAGUCAGAAGGUGUGGAAAGCCCAGCAGGCAGUCAAGAGAAGGAGGAUGGCCACCAAAAGACAGACAGGCAUAAAGAUGAUGAAAAAUCCAGGCCGAAGAAGGUGCCACAGACUAAAGAUGAUGCAUCCCAAAAGCAGAAGGUUUCUGGGAAAACUGCAGAGAACACAAAUAAAAAAGAAAGCAGCGUCCCCGAGAGAACCACCACGGAGGACCUGAGCGCAAAGGAGCCUCCUGCUGCAAGGGACCUUGAAGAAGAGAACAGGAGCGCUCGGAAGUCGGAAGAUAACUUGAAGACCGACACAGAAGGGCAAGACUGCAGCACAAACGCGGUAGGUCAGAAGAAGGUUGAGCGCCCUCGAUACCACACAAGGAGGUCUUCACAAGGAUUGCUUUCCAGUAUAGAGAACUCCGAGGGUGAUGGCUCUGAGACCAAGGAAGAAAGCACAAGGAAGAAAAGAUCCGUAAAAGCAAAAAAUAGAACCAGUUCCCUUGGAGGUAAAUCGAAAGAUCGGCAGCCAGGAAGCCGUAGCCAUGAAGGGUCUGGCCAAGGAAACGAAACUAAGAAUCUGCAGGCAACAAAUAAAGAUGAACUAAGCCAUGACAUCAGCACAGAUGCUGCGCUGCCAUCUGAAGUGUGUGACCAGGAAACCCAGGUAACAUCUCCAGAUGCCAUCAAAGCGGUGGGAGCCACCAGCUCGAAGAUAUCGCCUGAUGCACAAAGCACAGAUGGGGAACAAGAGAGUAAUACACCGAUGGAGUUGUUCACCAGCCCAGGUGUAUCUGACCAAGGUUUGAAAGCAGCAGAGGAAAACAAACAUGUUGAGAAGCAAAUAGACAGCAAAGAUGGUCGCCCAGCUGUUCUGCCUGAAGGUGUACCAGGAGCAAAGGCUUCAGGUGGAGAUCUUUCCUCUUCACAAACAGCUGAGUGUCAGCACAAAAGAAGCAAAAGACUGAAAAGACCAAGGAGCUGUGACUGCUGUUCUCAAAAGUCCAAGCAGCCAUUAAGAUCAUUAACUGAAUCCAGAAACAAGAGCAGUCAUGAACUAAAUGAGAGCAGUCGUGAACUGAACGAGCCUCAAACCAGCCCAGUUCAGGUGACUGAAAAUUUGUCAGAGGUGUCUGGAAAUUCAAAUCUUGAUGAGAGCUUGUCCAUGGCACCCUGUGCAAUGAGCACGCCGUUGCAGCCUCCUAAGGAGCCAAGUGCAUUUAACUUGGAAGGAGAGAGAACAUCGGAAGAUGCUGCGCAAGGAAACAGUGGUGCAGUGGAGGAGGAUCUGGAGAAUCCAGAGUUCACAGCGCACGAAGGUAGUGACUCUGUAGCGGCAGUGACAGAACCUGCUGGUCAGAGUGACCAGACUGAACAGAGUCUGCCCGAGUGUGUUUCGGAUGAGCCUGGUGACGGCUCUCUGGCUGCAGAGAAUCGAAGUGAAGAACCGGCAGCUAUGGAGGAGGAAGGAAUCAGCCAGAAUGGACAAUUGGAGGAGAUACCUGAGGCACCAGUGGUUGUUAGCAAAACUGAGGAAAAACAGGAGGAUGAGCUAGAAAGCAGCCAGGAUGAUAAAGCAGCAGAUGAGAACUCUGCAGGAUCAACUUACAUUAUUCAAGAGGAAGAGGUGAAGGAGGAAUUAGUGGAGACUGAAAUUACAGUGCCUGAAAACGUGCCCUUGGACAAAGAAGAUGCAGUAGAAAAUAACAGUGUCAAUUCACCUCAAAAGCCAGACCAUGAUUCUUUCGUGUCAGUCAAUGAGAGCCCCAACAGCAUGCAGGCGCGCUGCAUCUGGUCUCCCUCAGCUUCUCCAUCCACGAGCAUUUUAAAGAGAGGGGUCAAAAGGAACCAGGAUGAUGAUUCCCUGUCACCUGCUAAUAAGAUCCGUCGAGUCUCUUUUGCGAACCCUAUUUAUCAAGAAGGCCUGGCAGAUGACAUUGAUAGGAGAAGCCCUGUCAUUAGAGCCCAUUCUUCUUCACCUUCUUCACGAAGUCUAAAAAUUCUAUCUAACAUUCAGGCUAAGCAUAUUACCACUCCAACCAAAGGAUUUCUGUCCUCUGGAUCUCGUAACGCUAGAUUUAAGAGCUCAAAGAAGUGUUUAAUUACGGAAAUGGCUAAGGAAUUGCUGCCUUGCCCUACAGAAUGCGUGUAUCCUGCCUUAGCCGGCUGCAAGGCACCGGUUGAUGUGAUUCUGCCUCAGAUCACAUCAAGCAUAUGGUCCAGAGGCUUGGGGCAGCUCAUCCGAGCCAAGAACAUCAAGACCGUGGGUGACCUGAGCGCUUUGACAGCAUCGGAAAUCAAAACCCUUCCCAUCCGCUCUCCCAAAGUGUGCAAUGUUAAAAAGGCUCUGAGAGGAUUUCAUGAGCAGCAGGUAAAAUCUCGAGGAUUUGAGGAAAUAGCAGCACUUGAAGAUGCAGAAAAGCCAGAGGAUAAAUCUCCUUCUGCAGAUGAAGAAAAACUUGCAACAGAUCUGACAGAACCGGUUGUGGUGACCAUGACUGACCCGCCCACUGUGGAUCUCCUGAGCCAGAUGGAUGCCCUGGCGGCUCAGCUUACCUCUGAAGAUCUUCACAGCUACUCGGGAAGCCAACUCUUUGAGAUGCAAGAGAAACUCCUUGUCAUGACAAACUGUGUCAUGAAAACCCUGCAGGCCCGCUGGAAAUCGCCACCCCAUGACACUUCUGACUAGUUGCUUAUUAUUACUAUGUAAGGAGGAUUAUGUUACACAGUUUUCCCCAGAACCUGCUUUUCUUACUGGCAAAUUAUUUCUGAAGUGGUGCAUUUUGUACGGCAGAAGACCUUUUAACACUUAACGUGAGCAAAAUGUAUCAUGGUGGUUGUUUCCCCUGUUUUUUUUUUUGUUUGGGGCUGUUGGUUCCCUAACAGAGGUGUUUGUACCCCACUGUUAUGCAUAUUUCUUUCAGGCAGUGAAAGAACCUCUUGAUGUUGUGCAAUAGCAAAGACUGAAACCAAACCGACAGAGGAGUUUUAUUUUUUUCAACAUCCGAAGUGUUCUUACUGCUGCGGACUCUGACUCUGUGGAGAGAGACCCACGUCGCGGUGCCUCCUGGAGGUUGAGGUGAGCUGUGCUCGAUUCCUUACGGCAGCACCAGCCCAAGAUCCUGGGGUUUGACAUCCAUUUCUGUAAGGAUCCCAGGAAGAAGUGGAUCACGCAGCGUGCCCUUAACUUGGCAAAGCUUCUCAGGCAAUUGUUCCGUGUUCUGUUUGCAGCAGUUCUUCUGGGAGAAGAGUUUUUUCCUUGGGGAAAUGAAUGAAUCUGACAAGAGCUCUUUGUAUAUUAUGUACAGACUUACAAUGGCACAUGUUGGUUAAUUUAUGACGUUGAGUUUUAAUUGCAUGGAAUGCACUGCUGCUUCUCAGAGACCUUUGGGUAGAACUCUGGGCUUUUACCCUGGAGAUCUGAUUUGUAUAUAUUGUACUGGAGCUGGGGAAAGGACCUUUAUUGAGAGGAAUUGCUGCAGGUGUUUUUACAACUUACCCGUGGGCAAAUAAAACAGCAAACAGUUCCCAAACUUGUUAACAAUGUUGUGGCUUGGAUGAGUUCUCUGAGAUCCAAUCAGCUCUCUGUCAGCAUUGCUUUGGAUUCACAGGGUUGGGACCAUGGAAGGUACCAGGAGGUCCUCGAGGACGUGAUGUUACACAAAAGGGGCAAAGGCUAUUUGGAUAUCUCGUGAGGAAAAUGAACAGGACAAAGAGCAGUCUGAGCUACAUUCAUGGAUGGGAGGAGUUGUCUGUCAGUUUUCUUGUGGGGAAAAUGUUAUUUUGAUUCCAAAUCCACCUGCCUGGGCUUGUUCAGCGCUUGAACAAGUGACCUGUACAGAUAAGGAUGUUCCUAGCGCAUCCCAAAAGGGUGUUAACAACCUUUUAUGCAACACAAGGGGUUUAACAGCCCCUGUUGGCAAUCCUGGAUCCCACUUAGAGGAAGGAUGCUUCCCUGAAGCUGGUUAUGUACAUCCUGAGGUGCUGCGAGUUCCCUUUGAAGAAAGGCCCUCAGUUAAUAAUAGGAAGGUGACACAACAUUACACUGUGUUUAACCUUUAGGACACAGUAUGGAGUGAUGUCCUAUUUCUGUUCUUGGAGUCAAGCUGGUACCAGAAGCAUCAGCCACCUGACCAUAGCAGCUAU